UGAUGUUUCCAGGGCUGUCGCUGUUGGGCCGCAGAUGGGCCCAUUUUCUGUUUUUACCAGGUGCCACCUCACUUUUUCCAAAGGGAUGCCUCUGACCACCCCUCGCGCCGGCAACGGCAGCUCUGUGGCCUCCCCUCCUCCUGACACGGGGAUGCCCACGCCCGGCUUCGAAGAGUCAGAGUGCUGCCCUCCUCUGGGGUCUCUUCCGGCCGGGCCCGGUGACUUCACCUCACUUGCGAGGGCUAGGGGACUGUCACCGGGACUGGGGAGCCCGAGUCUGAUCCAGCCUCUCCAGCAGAGGCAGUGACAUAACAGGGGGCCUGGGGCCGGGGCGCUGGAAGAGCUUCCUCCAAGCAGCCUCACCCUGGGCAUCCAGCCCCCUCCCUCUCCAGAACCCUCAACCCAGCACAGCGCACGUGACAGUGCGCAGGGACCGUGAGGCCAAGGGGACUGUGGGAUCCCAGGAGCAAGGCCGGGCGUGCUCCCCAGGGAAGGCCGUCUCAGGCUCUCUGGGUCCCAGCACCCAGGCCGAGAAGCCCUGGGUACAAGUGGCCCCACAGAGGCCCAGACCCAAAGCCUGGUCUGGGUUCCUCCUCCAGAUGGAAGCUCUUGUUCCCACUGCGCUGGUCCCUGGCACGGGCUCCCGGCAAUGUCCCAUCUCACCCAUCUGUGCCCGCCUCCCAUCCGGCACCAACACCCUGACUGCUGUGAUGGACGAGGUCGCACGCUCCUCCAGGGACCCUGCGGUUCCUCCCCCAGAGCUAUUCCUGGCCUAGGCGUCUCCCUGCCCCCCAGUCCCCCUGCCUGACCUGACCCCACAGCUGGGAAUCAUCAUUUGGCUGGGGGUGGGGCAGCCCCGGACUAUAUAAGCCUGGACCUAGGUGUCCCGGGCACCCUGGAGGCCCAGACCCUCCCUGCUGACCCCUGCCCACUGCAGCCUGCCCGCCCCCAGCCAGCCCGGCAAUGACGGAAGAAGCCACCUCGGAGGCCCCCACCUGUGGUCCGGAGGACACUGGCUCUGAGCCUGCCCAGGCACCCCCCGCAGAGCCCUCCAGAGACGGGGCAGCAUCGGAGUCGACCAGGAGUCCCACCCCUCCAGAGCCUGCCUCUCAGGCAACUGCCCCCACAGCCCCUGCAGCCCCCGCAGCCACUAAAGCUGCACCUCCCAGUGAAGACGUGCCCAGUGCCCCGCUGCUGCUGGCCGUGGAGGAUGUGAGUGACAGCUCGGUGACCGUGAGCUGGGAGCCUCCGGAGAGCCUGGGGAGGCUGGGACUCCAGGGCUACGUGCUGGAGCUCUGCCGAGAGGGAGCCUCGGAGUGGGUGCCUGUGAACGCCCGGCCCGUGAUGGUGACUCAGCAGACCGUGCGGAACCUGGCGCUGGGAGACAAGUUCUUCCUGCGUGUGGCUGCAGUGAGCUCUGCGGGGGCCGGCCCACCAGCGGUGCUCAAACAGCCCGUCCACAUCCAGCAGAUCAUCGAGCCCCCCAAGAUCCGAGUCCCCCGCCACCUUCGUCAGACCUACAUCCGCCAGGUGGGAGAGACCGUCAACCUGCAGAUUCCCUUCCAGGGGAGUCCCAAGCCUCAGGCAUCUUGGACCCACGACGGCCACGCUCUGGACGCCCAGCGGGUGAAUGUGCGCACCGGGGACCAGGACUCCAUCCUCUUCAUCCGCUCGGCCCAGCGCUCCGACUCCGGCUGCUACGAGCUCACCAUGCGUCUGGAAGGCUUGGAGGCCAAGGCAGCCAUCGACAUCCUGGUGAUUGAGAAACCUGGACCCCCCAGCAGCAUCCGGCUACUGGACGUCUGGGGCUGCAACGCUGCCCUUGAGUGGAUGCCGCCUCAGGACACAGGCAACACAGAGCUCCUGGGGUACACGGUGCAGAAGGCAGACAGGAAGACAGGGCAAUGGUUCACGGUGCUGGAGCGCUACCACCCGACCACCUGCACCAUCUCUGACCUCAUCGUGGGAAACGCCUACUCCUUUCGGGUCUUCUCGGAGAACCAGUGCGGGCUCAGUGCCACGGCCGCGACCACCAAGGAGCUAGCCCGCAUCCAGAAGGCAGAUAUUGUUGCCAAAACUAAAGGGUUUGUGGAGCGAGACUUCUCCGAAGCCCCGUCGUUUACCCAGCCCCUGGCUGACCACACCUCCACCCCUGGCUACAGCACGCAGCUCUUCUGCAGUGUCCGAGCAUCGCCCAAGCCCAAGAUCAUCUGGAUGAAAAACAACAUGGACAUCCAGGGUGACCCCAAAUACCGUGCCCUCUCGGAGCAAGGCGUCUGCACUCUGGAGAUCCGUAAGCCCAGCCCCUUUGAUUCGGGCGUCUACACCUGCAAGGCCAUCAAUGUGCUAGGGGAGGCGUCUGUGGACUGCCGGCUGGAGGUCAAAGGUAAAGCGUCAGCCACACACUGAGGAGCGACAGGAGGCUGCGAUGAGGACGGUGCUGCAGACUUGGGGAGCCGGGGCCCGCCAGGCUCAGGAUCAUGCCCCAGAGCCCAGUUUCCAUGGUGAUGGCUGAUGGCUUUGCCCCCAAUACCUGCCUAGCCUCUUCCCCCCCAGAGGCUGGAGCCCAGAAGCCAGGGUAGGCCUGGCAGGGCCAAGGCCAGGCUCCCUGGGCGUGAGGGGCCCGGAAGGUGCAAAGACUGGGGUGCCCUGCAGAGUCGCGCUCUGGGUGAGAGCCACUCAAAUAAAGGUGUGUGGUGUUACCGUG